AUGUUUUCUUGUACGAACGAAGAAAGAAUUCCACUUAUAAGAAUACAGGCUGAAGAAGGCACAACUAGGACACCGGAGGGAGAUGAAAACGAUGAAAGUGAUGGCAAUGCUGGUUCUUCAAGAGCAAUUUCCGCAGCUACAUCAAGAGAAGAAGAUGAUGAUUCGAGUAACAAUGCUAGUAACGAAAGCAAAAGUCCUGGACAAAGGUUGUUGAACAAGUUGUCACCAUUCACGACUAAUGGGGCCCAUGAAGAGAUAACAAAAUCGAAUCAAAGAUGGAUGAAGUUGAGGACGACAGUGCAGCUGAGUUCGGCAAUCCAGAAGAAACCACCUUUGAAGAGAGAAGAUUCAUUCCUAAAGAGGUUUUCGACGCGACAAAUACCAGAGACUCAGGAAACUGUAGAGGAUACAGGUUCAGAAGGGGCAACUGGCGAGCAUAGAGUAACGAAUCGACAAAGACGACGAAAAGUACGCGUUCCACGAACAGUUGUUAACCCCGACGAGAAUUUCUACUUCUACUGGCUUUGGUUGAUCACUAUCUGCGUCUUAUAUAAUCUGUGGACACUCAUCGUCAGACAGAGCUUCCCUGAACUUCAGAUAAUGUGCCACUACUUCUGGGUGGUAUGUGAUGGCAUUGGAGAUGUCGUCUUUGCGUUAGAUUUGGUUGUUCAACUACGAACAGGAUAUUUGGAACAAGGACUUAUGGUAUACGACUCAAAGAAAUUAGCAAAACACUACAUAUACUCUCGCUCCUUCCUUCUGGAUAUCACUGCGCUUGCACCGUUGGACCUUCUACAAUUGAAGAUCGGAACCAACCCUAUCAUACGUUUUCCAAGAUUUCUCAAGGUGUAUAGAGCUGUAAAUUGCUACUACAUCGUGGAGUCCAGGACUGUGUACCCAAACUUCUGGAGAGUAAUUAACUUGAUCCAUAUCUUACUUAUUUUGGCGCAUUGGUUCGGAUGUUUUUACUUCCUGCUAUCCGAAGCUGAAGGAUUCCAGGGAGAUUGGGCGUACCCACACCGACCAGGCGACUACGCGACCUUAACUAGAAAAUACCUCGGUUCUCUCUAUUGGUCAACGUUAACUCUGACUACUAUAGGAGACUUGCCUACACCCGAGACUAACGCUGACGCGCACGGAGGCCCCAAAUUUUUGCCGCGGCGGGGACUCAAAUCCCGUCUUCUACAAUUCAGAUCUAACCGGGGAUACAUAUUCACAAUUGUAAGCUACUUAAUCGGCGUAUUCAUCUUCGCGACGAUAGUGGGUCAAGUUGGCAACGUCAUCACGAACAGAAACGCGAAUAGGCUUGAGUUCGAGCGACUAUUGGAUGGAGCAAAGACCUAUAUGAGACAUCAUAAGGUCCCAGGAGGUAUGAAACGUCGUGUGCUUCGUUGGUAUGACUACUCUUGGUCUCGGGGAAGAAUACAAGGCGGUGGUGAUAUCAAUACUGCACUAGGUCUAUUACCAGAUAAACUAAAGACCGAACUAGCCUUACAUGUCAACUUGAGUGUUUUAAAAAAGGUAACAAUAUUUCAAGAAUGUCAGCCGGAAUUCCUUCAUGAUUUGGUUUUAAAAAUGAAGGCUUACAUAUUUACGCCUGGUGAUUCAAUAUGUAGAAAGGGUGAAGUAGCAAGAGAAAUGUUUAUCAUAGCUGACGGUAUACUAGAGGUCAUAUCAGAGACUGGUAGAGUAUUAACUACAAUGAAAGCAGGAGAUUUCUUUGGUGAAAUUGGAAUUUUAAACCUCGAUGGCCUGAACAAACGCACAGCGGAUGUAAGAUCGGUCGGAUACUCCGAACUUUUCUCCCUUUCACGUGAAGAUGUUUUGGCAGCGAUGAAGGAUUAUCCUGAAGCUCAAGAAAUUUUGCAGACCUUAGGCAGGAAACGUCUGCAAGAAGCGAAAAGCAUGUCCAGACAAAAAGUUAAAAAUGAAGUUAGUCCAGAUAAAUCAGCUGGGGACGACAGUGCUCCUAAAAGGAUAGUCCACAAAUUACGCACUGACGUAAAGGGUAUAAGAAACGCGAUUCGAAGCAGAUCAAGUCGUGCAGGGCGACGUUCUGGUGAAUCACUCGAACUUCAGGCACUUGCAACUGAACCCAAACUUCGCCGCAUGCCGCGAGUUCAGAGUGACGACUCGCAGCAUCACCAGCAGGAUGACCAUGAUGAGGCAACGUCCGGAAAUAAAGACGGUGAAAAAGUAGUUUCACCAAUCGGAGCCGGUUUACCUCUACUAUCACGUUUAAAAUUACUAAAAGAGAAACAGGAUCGCGAAGAGAAAAUUGCCAAACAGAGGCUUUCAACAUCAUCCGUAGUGUCACCUCCUCCCUCUCAACCCGUCCCUUCAACUAGUUCAGCUCCUGACGGAGAACCAGAAGUUAUCGGAGCUGGUCUGCCUCUUCUACAGAGGCUUUUACUACUUAAGGCUAAAGAAGAGAGGGAGAAAAAUCAACUAACUCCUACUAUAAGCAAUCAACCAUCUAGCUCUGAAACUAUUAGUCCAAGUUCAAUAAAAAGUCCUUUAAGCCCAACAAUAAAAAAUUUAAGUCCUUUGAGAAAGGGAUCUGAAUCUAGUUCACCUGGUAAAUUACAUAGUCCAACGACUAAGACAUCAAGAAAAAACUCAUCAGGCUCAAGUGAUAGUACUUCAAAGCCUAAAGUAAGUUUCAAAGAUAAAAUCUUACAGGUACAAAGUGAUGGUACCGCUGUUUGUCAACCUCUUAGUAAAGGAGUCAACGAAAAACCAGCAGCUGUGGUCGAACCUACACCAAAAACUGAAGGUAGUUUAAUAUCCAUACCUCAUUCCGUUGUUAGUAAAAUAAAAUCACCAGCCAAGUGUGUUGGUUCCACAUUUCGUGAAAAACUAAAAAUAUUACAAGGUGGAGGAAACUCAAAAGAAAGUGACAGUUCCUCUAUAGAAAAAAUUAAAACGCCUGUAUCAGAAAAAACUGCUAUUGAAGUGAUUUCUGUACAAACUAAGGAAAAGCGAGAAGAACUUAAAAAUAAAAAACCAUGGAAUAAACUUAAAAAAGCUGCAAUAUUAGGUGAUUCUAAAAGUAAAACAAGUUUAGAAGAAAAAAUAACUUCUCAAAAUAUUUCUAAAGAUUCCAUUGAAGAAAAUUUAUCAGAACCAAGCAUUAGUAUUUCUGUGCCAAGAAUUAAUACUGCAGAAUUAGUUAAAAUAGAUAGUGAUAAUUCUGAAAUUAAGAAAGAAAACAUUGUGCAAGAUGAAUCUAAGACUAGCUCGUCAACCCCUACCGAACCCGUCCAAAAAGAGUCCUUAGAUUUGUUAACAUUAUCACCCAAUAAAACUAUUGUGACUAGGUCUAAUGAUAGAAUAGCAAUGAUUAAAUCAUCAUUAACGAAAGAUAAAAAAUACAGAUCUAUUGAUGAUCUUUCCCCAGAGUACGGUGGGCUACCGUUCGUAAAGAAGCUCAAAAUACUUAAUGAAAGGCAAAAGUUAGCCGAGCUUGAAAAAGUAAUAAAAUUUAGAAGUUCGAGCUUAGACUGUGCAGGUUCAUCUGAAGAUUUGUUAUCUGAUACUCUAACUAGAAGCCAUUCUGAAGGUAGUACAAUGGACAAAAGGAAAUUUAAACGGAAAUCUACUGAUUCAGUUGAAAGUAAUGGAUCCAACGAGACACUAGAGAGGCGAACGCUCAAAUCUAUAUUAAAGAAAUUAUCAGAGGAUGUCACUCCUACUGAAAGUCCAGAGAAAAGCAAGGAGUUAAGAAAACUAAUUCGAGCACCAACGGUAGAGGGUUAUGCUAUUAGACAUUCAAAGUUUGCAAAGAGUGUUACAUUUCAUCGGCAUACUUUACCGUCACCACCAGCAAGCAUUCCAAUGGAUGAUUCCAAUGACGAAGUUUUUGAAUCACCAGCUACUAUAUCUUUACCACCACCUACAGCUUCAGAAAUGAGUCUACCUGAAACGCUAGAAACACCUCCAGCACAAGUUAAACAGACGUCAUUAAUAAAUACUGAAAAUAUCCAAGCAAACCUUAAAAAUGAAUACAAACUACAAUCAAACUUAGAAUCCAUUUACGAUUACAAGUCUCUACGACCUGAAGAAAUAAGAGUACCUACGGAUAAACCAAAAUUAACAAUAAUAUCAGCUGUAGCAAAUCAACGCAAAUUAUUGCGAGGUUCAAUAGAAGAACAUGAAUAUUUUGGAGAUGUACUUUUUGGUAUAAAAAAGGUAAUUCAAAGGCAUUUAUACGAUGUCCAAGGAAAAUUCCAAGAAAGAUUUGAUACAUUAGAAAAUGAAGUUCGUAAACGUGAUGAAAUUAUAAACCAACUUCAAAAUCGUAUACAAGAACUUGAAAGGUUAGGCUUACCUGGAGUAACGCCAUGCCAUGUAACAACAGAACUUCACUCGCGCACUAGCUCAGGAAGUGAUGAUAUAUCUGGUAUGGAUGAAGGUUUCAUGAGAGGUGAUUCCUUAGAUACAGUUUUUACAACAUCUCCACCAGAAAAAAGUGGUACUGAAAUAAAAAUGAUUGAUAGAAAUAAAUUAUCAACUGAUAUACGAGAAGCUCCUUCUAGCGAAGAUUUUUCAGAAGAAAAACUUACACAAAUGACAGAAGGAAUAGAGCUUUCGAAACUUACUUAUUCAGAACUACAAUCUCUAGCGGAAUCACUAUCGAACAAAAAUAUAAAAACGUCUUCUAGUAAGGAAGAUUGGUCUGUAAGCAAAUCAAAGAGACUAGACUUAAAUUUAGAUGGAAAAGCUGGUACAUAUUCGAGGAAGCGCGCUGAAAAGAUAAAACAAAGAAAAUCAUGGGAAGAUCAAAAUUACCAAGAGACAGUAGAAUUGCAAGAUUUAACAAGGCCACUAUCUCCUCAUAUGACAUCCGAAGAUCGAUCGCUACUUAGUCCAGAACAGUCAAGCCUUCGUAUGAACAGGCGAGGAAUGCGACCGUUCCAAUUCUUAGGCACGCACCUCGACAACACCAAGACGAAAAUAAAGAAGACCUUAUCUGUUGAUACUGGAAUGCACCAAACAGGACGAAAAGACCGAAAAACUACUUCUCAGCGGACACAACGCAAAUUUAGCUUGGGAUCCUUCUUUGGCUACAACCGCGGGGCGACGCCGAAAAUGAACUGCAAUGAUGUCGUAGUAGACAUAGACAGUGACUACAGCUGGAGUGACUGUACUUCAACAUCUUCAAGUAGUGACUCCGAGUCAAUUCCUCGAACGCCAGUUUUUGAAGAGUUCAUUGAAAGCAGCUCUAGAAAAUCUCCCUAUGCUGAAAGUGGCAGUCAUUGGGAGGUAAUGAUGCUGGCGGACGAGCUGGAAAAGAGAGAAAGAGAGAAGGAGAGAGAUGAUAAUAGAAGACUUCAGUACCCCUCAACUCUAAGAGACCUGGAAGAGGAGUCUGACACUCCGCAACGUGAGGACAGUCCAGACGAGCUAUCGAACAUGGAAGAUUCAAACUCAACUACCCAACUACUCUCUCAAUCUAUAAGUGAGGCAUCGCACAAGUCCAUGGAAACUUCAUUUUCGGAGAGCAGUACGGGAAGACCGCACAGAGUUGGAUCUGUAGGAGAACAAAAUGUGCGAGGGCUGAAAACCAAGCUCCCCGUGUGGCGUAAUGGACUUGUGUCACUAUCAGAAUAUGACCUUGUUGCCACAACAGAGACAUUCCUCGAUACUUCAGUGGAGGAUGCAGAACUUACAACUGCAGGUUGGAGUGUGAUCCGAUGGGACAGACGCACGCCAUGUGGAGGAGUCCUGCUGGCCGCACGUGCCCCCCUUAAAUUACGGCGACGACAGGAUCUUGAGACGGACAGUGGUGGAAUGUUAGAUGUGGUUCUGGUUCAGGAGAGUACGGAUGUGCGGGAGAUUCAUAUUAGGGCAACAGAGGGAAUAGUACCACCUGACGAUUAUCACCCUCCCCUAGAUAUUACUAUUAAGAUCAGAACAUAUCGUCCUACGGAUCGAAUCGAGCCCACAAACAUUGAAACUACCAGGGACUGGAACUUUAGGCGAGCAGACCUUGAUGCAAUAUUCGGUAUGCUUUCUAAGACGCCAAUUGAACAAAAACAGCUGAUAUUAACUGAACUGCCUAAACUUGAUACGACAAAUAUAAUGAAUCAGAAUGAGCUGUUCUCGGGUAGGUACAUUGGCAUAAAUGAAAUCACACCUGAGGAUGUGGCAUCGGGACUCAGGGCUCUAAAAUCAAGUACGUCCGUGGGUCCUGAUAGUGUUCCUCCUUGGUUCUUAAAACAGGGUAAGGAUUUUCUGACUGAACCUCUAUACCAUAUAUUCAAUGUCGCAUUAAGAACUGGGCAUUACCCCUCGCGGUGGAAACUGACUAGAGUGGCACCUAUUCCAAAGAGUUCCAACAAAGCUAGUGUCGAAGAAUAUCGCCCGAUAGCUAUACUAUCAACCGUUGCGAAACUUUUCGAACAUAUUCUUCACGCUAAGAUUUACAAGCAGGUGGAACCGUUUCUAUGUAAUGAGCAGCAUGGAUUUAGAAGGAGACGAUCAGUCAACACCAACCUGUUAACCAUUGUUGACUAUGUUUCUAAGACACUUGACCAUGGAGGCCAAGUGGAUGUCUUAUAUUUUGACUUUCGGAGAGCUUUUGAUAGAGUAAAUAAUGACGUACUGCUGGAGAAGCUAAGCGAUGUGGGCUUAACACCUGGACUCCUCAAGUUUAUCGCUGACUACCUGCGUGAUCGUCAGCAGUAUGUCAGUCUCGGCAUUUACGAGUCGCAGCCCUAUCACACGCGUUCCGGAGUCAGUCAAGGAUCAAUACUCGGUCCUCUUCUGUUCAUAUUAAUGAUCAACGACAUCCCCACAGUAAUCAAACAUGCGAAAUGCCUCCUUUACGCUGAUGAUCUGAAGCUUUUCAUGGAGAUUAGAACGGAGGAGGACUGUUUAUUGCUUCAGCGUGACAUUGACUCAGUUGUUCAAUGGAGUGUGGACAACAAGAUGGAGUUUAACCCCUUGAAGUGUUCGGCUAUGACCUUCUCACGAGUGCGGCGCCCAGUCAAAUUCGAUUAUAAACUUGACAAGGACACCAUAGCGAGACCGGAUACGUCGAAGGAUUUGGGUGUGAUAUUCGACUCAAGGCUCACAUUUCAUGACCAUAUCACUGCGGUAGCUAAGGAGUCAUUUCGACGCCUUGGCUUUGUUCUACGGAAUGCAAAGGAGUUCAAAAACACGACAGUGAUCAAAAUAAUUUUUGGAGCCUUGGUCCGAGCCAAACUUGAGGCGAGUGCUUGUGUAUGGAAUCCACAUGAGACUAAAUACGCGCUUAUGUUGGAAAAAGUUCAAAAAGCCUUCCUAAGAUAUCUUUACAAGCGUAUGUUUGGGUACUACCCUAACAUGUACCCGACAAAAUUUCUUCUUGGUAUUCUGGGAUAUAAUUCCUUAGAAGUAAGAAGAUUGAGAGACCAAUUGGCAAUAAUGUGCAAAAUAUUGAGAGGUUUGGUUGAUGCCCCAGAUUUACACGAGGAGCUAUGUAGACUUUUUGCGCCUAUCAAGUACCUUCGAAACAGAAAGCACUCGUUGUUUGCUGUUCCGAUGUGUCGCACAGUGGCUCGUUCGAGGUCGCCCAUUCCGCGGUCACUAACCGCGUUCAACGCUCUCCUGGACGCUGAUCCGCACUGUGACCUGUUUGCUGAUGGAUGGAAGAUAAUUUUGUCGGAGUGCCUGAGCCGGCCGGCGUCGUCGCUGCUGCAGUCGCGCGGGCUCAUCCUGCGCGCCGCGAGCUUGGACCGCGAGCGCUCGGCCGCGUCCCGCUCCAGAACAUUCGGCGGCUCGCUCAAGAGCUCCACUACCGAUUCCCAUAAAAGGCUCUGA